AUGCUGAAGCUUACCGGGGGCAAGGAGUUGGAUUCCUUCCACGAAGAGUGCUCUGGUUCCCCUCAGACGUCUGCUUCUUCAGCCACUGAAAGUACCAUUCCCAACAGCCCGCCCCAAAAACGCAGGCGCACAGCCAAGGGAGAGAGCUCCCAGAGCCCCGAGGAGGCCUCUGAGUAUCUGAGUGGUGACAAUGGGAUCAGAUUUCACAUUCAUCCAAGAGAUGAAAUUAAGAUUUGUGACCGCUUCCUGCUGGGGGGCUGCACCCCGGGGGACAGCUGCCCCCUCCACCACACCUGCUAUCCCUACCAUUGGCAGAUUAGGCGGAGGGACAGCAAAGCCUGGCAGAGUGUUAGCGAGUCAGCUCAGCGGCACCUAGAGAAACUCUACUGCGAUGCUGGAAAGGAGCAGAUUAAGUUUGUGGACAAACCCUAUGACAAAGUGCGGCGACUUUCCAACACCUCUGAUCCAAAGGAGAACCCCCACUUCCCCACAGAGUGGGCGCCCUAUUGGAAGAGCAAUGGCAAUUGGAUGAAGUAUGAGGAGCCCAUCGCCCAAGGUCUCCUUGCUGCCUAUGAGCAAGACAAAGACAGCUACACCUUCGAACGCCAGGGCCAAUUCUUCAUUGUGGAUCUGAAGCGCCUUGUGCAACAGAACCGGGAUAAGGAAUACGUCCGCCUGGUCCAGCGCUGGCCUUCCUACCGCCCCCUCCUCAGUAUGGUGUCACAUCUGACGACGCUCCCUAGAAGACCCUGGGGAACAGUUUCUUCCACUUCUGACGUCCUCGGGGAGAAUCCGAAGGAUGGCUACUGUGGCUCCUACCCUGCAGCCUGGGUCCCGAAGCCACCAAAUGGCCAGGCUUUCCUGAAGAUGGAGGUGCUACCAACAGAGGUUGCGUACCACAGAGUUUGUGCUCUCUUCCAUCAGUCUCUCUCAGAGAAAAAGACACUGGUGCUGGGGAUUUACCGAAUCCGGAAUGAUGAUCUCUGGGGAAAAUACACCAGGCAGAAGGCCAUCAUGUCCCACGCAUGUUCACUGCAGGAGAAACACCAGCUGGAGAAGCACCUCUUCUAUGGGAGCGCUGCUGACUUCCUGGAGCCCAUCUGCCAGAAGAACUUUGACCCCAGCUUCUCAAGACUGCACGCCCCCAUCUACGGCAGGGGCUGCUAUUUCUCCAAGAGUGCCAUGUAUUCACACCGCCACGGCCAGGCGAGCAAGGCCGGGCUACGCAACAUGUUCCUGGCCAAGGUGCUGGUGGGCAAGACUGCUGUUGGGCAUAAACUUUUCCACCACCCCCUGCCCGUGGUGCCUGGUGGGCAGCUCUACAACUCCUGGGUCAACAGCAAAAGCAAUAUCCAAGUGUAUGUGAUCUCUGACAACUGCCAGUGCUACCCCUACUUCCUGAUCAGCUACAAGAUGCUCUCUGACCCUGUGGCAGUGGAUGGCUGA